AUGCGGCCGCCGCUCCUGCCUGCGCCGCUCGGGGCCCUGCUGCUGCUGCUGCUGCCGCCGCUGCUGGUGCUGCCGCCGCCGGCCCUCAGCUCCGCCGCCGCCGCCGCCCAGGAGGCGGGCCGCUACUCGCGCGCGGCCAACGAGGCCCCCCCCGCCGAGUUCCGCCUGGUCAAGCUCGAGCAGCUCUGGCAGAAGGCCAACCGGCUUCAUCUCUCUGCUGUGAAACUGGCUGAGCUGCACAGCGACCUCAAGAUUCAAGAGAAGGAUGAGCUGAGCUGGAAAAAACUGAAGGCAGAAGGGCUGGAUGAAGAUGGAGAAAAAGAAGCCAAGCUCAGGCGGAGCCUACACGUCAUUAUGGCUAAAUAUGGCCUGGAUGGCAAAAAGGACGCUCAUCUUGGGGGCACAAACUACAUCAAGGAUGGCCUGGAAAACGACGUGCUGGAUGACCCUAGACUGGAGAAGCUGUGGAACAAGGCCAAAGCCUCGAACAAGUUCUCCGAGGAGGAGCUGGAGAAACUGCGGAGGGAGUUCAGGCACCACAAGGAGAAAGUCCACGAUUACCAUCUCUUGCUGGAGACUGUGAGUCGUACCGAAGAUCUUUCUAAAAAUGUGAUUCACCCUCUGGAAGAGGAUGCGCUGAAGGAGGAACUCUUGCAUCAGAAGCACCGAGAGCUGAAGGAGAAGCUCCAGAGCAUCAACCAGGGCUUUGAGCGGCUGCGCAGAGUCAGUCACCAGGGCUACGACGCCACCAGCGAAUUUGAAGAGCCCAGAGUGAUUGACUUGUGGGAUAUGGCGAAACUAGGCAAUUUUACAGAGCAGGAACUCGGAUCACUUCGGGAAGAACUGAAACAUUUUGAAGCAAAAGUGGAAAAGCACCAUCAUUAUCAGAAGCAGCUGGAGAUUUCCCAUGAGAAGCUGAAGCACGUGGAAGGGACUGGCGACAAGGAGCACCUGAGCAGAAGCAAGGAGAAGUACGCUCUGCUCGAAGACAAGACCAAGGAGCUGGGCUACAAGGUCAAGAAGCACCUGCAGGAUUUGUCGGGCAGAAUCUCCAGAGGUCUUCAACACAAUGAACUCUGAAGCUCUUUGC